AUGCACGGGAGUAAGUCUACCGUAGAGAUGGGCUUUUGCUCCGUCCAUAGAAGAAAAAGGACAAGGGUUGAUUUGAUACCUUUGGAUGGUCAGACUGGGCAAAUGCGCUGCAAAUUCCACAAGGAAUGUCGUCAGCGGGCAGAGAUAGAAAUGGUCAUUUGCAGUCUUCACAACCGACGGAGGAACAUGAAUCAAAUGAAGGAGGUUCGUAAGGGGAUAUUUGAAUGCUUGCCACAGUUCGCGUGUCGUGGUCAAUUCAAUGAGGCAAUUUUGCCGACAACACACGCAAAUGUGUCGCAUCCUCCUCACGUUCUACCACCGAAGGGUAGUCGACCCCAACAAGUUUUUGGAGAGGCACAUCCCGCCCUUUCAGCAAGUGUGACCUGGACACCCACGUUUAAUCGCCCUCGAAAUGCUGGUGUGGUGAUUUCAUCUGAUUGGGCUCAGGCCGAUCGCAAAACGUGGUGCGCCAAACACGGAAAGUUGACGUCUCAAUGCGAGUUUAUUAAGGAUUGCUACCACGUCUGUUACGAUGCGUCGGCGUGUCUCUCUACGCCACUGGAAUUGCCUUCCGAUCUUUUGGUAAAGGGAUGCAAAGAGCUUUUAUGUUCAAAGCACAACGCAUUAAGGCUGGUAGAUUUUCUUGAGAAGACGCCUGACGAAAAGGGAUAUCAAUGUGUUGUUGGUCACCGCUGUCGGGGAACACUCGCCACUCGACGCGAGACCGUUCCCGAACAGGCAAUGCACCCUGCCAGGGAAGCGGUUUCUUCGUUUUUCGUGUAA